UGUAUUGGAUAAACCUGGAAGUGAAAAACUGAAGCAAACAACGAGGAUUAAAGAAUAUUUUCCUGUCAAACCGGCCGAAAGAAAUGUUAGUGUCAUCAUCGAAACUCCUAGGGCUAUUCAUGAAAAGCUUAAUCAAGCAUACUUGUUAGGUUGCUUCUCUAAAGGAGACCUUGUUGAGCUAAAAUACAAGGAUAAAACAUAUACCGCAACAUUCAAAGAAAUGUAUGAUCGCCCGUUUCUGGUCGCCGAUGGAUGCGAGUACCCUUCUUUUGCGAAGUUUAUUCAAGCGAUGAUAGACACGAAGUCAAUAGGGGCUUCAGUUUAUAACAACCUGAAA